AUGAGAUUGAUCACAUCGGAGACCCAGAUGACAUGGGUUCUGAACCAGUAUUCCCUGACCCAAUGUGAUUUUGACUACGCGCCUGAUCUUCCCUUUGUUACCAGCGAGCCGCUGCAGAUGCUCCUGUACACGGCAGAUGACUUCUACAUAGGCCGUGCGUGUCUGUCUGAUGGCACGCAGAGCGAAUGUAGUGCCAGUGAAAGUCACUCAGAGCGAUUGUGCUGCUGUCUAGGUCCUGGCGAGGAUAUUGAGGUGGUAUGCCAGGUGCCCACUACCACCACGACAACUGUCACUCGAACGACUAGCACAUCCACCUCCGCAACCCUCACAACAUCCACUUCUACGUCCGUGACAGACACUAGUACCUCCAUUUCGUCUACUUCGACAUCAACGAGCACACUGAGCACGACGAGCCAAACAACAACAUCUAGAACUUCAACAUCAUCAACUCAGACGACCACUUCAUUCAUUUCGACAUCUUCAACCUUCACAACGGAGUCGACGACAAGCUCCACCUUCACCACGCGAACAAGCACGACCGCCACCUUCACCACAACGACGAUGACGACCACAACCGGAAUGACCACUGAGCUCCUCUUUGAGAUCUUCGCCGGUGGUACCGUGCUUAUUGUUAGCACCAAUGCUGGAUUCAGCGUCGGCGACAUGAUCAAGAUAGCUCGAGCUAGCCAACCCAACAGGUUCUACGAAUAUGUCGAGAUUACGGCCUUCGGGACCACAACUAUCAGUUCCAGGCGGCUGGCAACCUACACCACGUUUACAAUUUCGCCGCCGUUGCAGAACCGCUAUGGUCCAGGAGCGAGCAUCCAAAACUUUGGGCCGGCGGCUUCCUUCACAGGGGGCGACCCAGUUACCUAUUUCGGUGGGAACAAGUGGAAGUUUUGGCUGCCUUUGCGAGAAGAGCUUCUGCUGCUGGCGACGCCAGAUUUGCGGCUCUACGGCAGUGUCUUCCCAGGACCACAGUAUGACCAGCAGUGGUUUGACUACUUCAUGGUCACCUUUCCAGAUGACGUGCCCAUUGCAACUGUCCGUGUGAAGCCGCCCUCCAACCGCUCUCUGGCGGCCUCGCGGCGCUGUAGCUCAGGGCGAUUUGAGAUGCUGGACAUUACCCUCGGACAGAGCAACAAGCCCUUGAAGGAGAUGCGCAAGAUGGAGUACACGGCGAAAUCUGUACGCUUUGAGGUCAACUGUCGAAACCAG